UCCGCCGCCCCCCCUUCGCCUUCCCCCCUGCCCCCCCUCGGCCGCUCCCAGCGCGCUCCAUGUCCGCGGCCAUGGCCAUGAACCUCCUGGAGGACUGGUGUCGCGGGAUGGAAGCGGACAUCCACAGGUCCCUGCUGGUCACGGGCAUCCCCGAGGACUGCGGCCAAGCGGAGAUCGAGGAGACCUUGAACGGGGUCCUGUCCCCCCUGGGCACCUACCGGGUGCUCAACAAGAUCUUCCUGCGGGAAGAGAACGCCAAGGCGGCGCUGGUGGAAGUGGGCGCGGGGGUGAACCUGAGCUCGGUGCCCCGCGAGUUCCCGGGCCGGGGCGGCGUGUGGAGGGUGGCCUGCCGGGACCCCACGCAGGACGCCGAGUUCCUGAAAAACCUCAACGAGUUCCUGGAUACCGAGGGCCGCACCUGGGAAGACGUGGUCCGCCUCCUGCAGCUCAACCACCCCCCAAGACCCCCAAACCAGCCGGCCGAGAGCUGGGCCGGAGCUUUGGGGGUGCUCCUGGGGGCGGUGGUGCAGAUCGUGGUGUAUAUGGAUGCCGAGAUGAGGAGCCGAGAGGAAGCCAGGGCGCUGGAGAGCGCGGAGCUGGAGGAGGAGGAGGCCGCCUGGCUCUCCGCGGGGAGGAAGAAGGUCAAGAAGGAGCGGGGUCUCGCCGCAGCCGACCUGGCCUCUGUCCUGAAGAGGGAGCACCCCGCCCACUGGAAUGGCCUAGAUGGCCAGAGCGACCCCCCUAAACCUUUAGGGCGCCGGGCUGGAGCUAAGUCUCGCUCCAGGAGGAAGAGGAACCGGAGAGCCCACAAGCAGGAGCCGGCGCCUUGGAAGGAAUCUGGAGGUGACCAUCUUAGCAGCUCAGCCUACUUGUCGGGGGGUCAGAUGGGUGACCCCGAAACUAUGGAGGUCUCCGAAUCCAUCAAGAGUCACAAGAAGCCCUGUAUAAAGCAAGAGGCGUCGACUUCGAGUCAAGCCCUGGCAAAAAAUGUCUGGAAGGUUCCCAGAGAGCCUCCUCGACGUGCCUUGCUGCAAGCCAAGACCCCUGGAGGCGCAGAAGAGUGGGAACAAGAGGGCGGCCUGGAGAGACCCCCAAAGAAGAAGGUCCUGAGCUGGGCUUCGGCCAAGAGUUCUGUCUUCCUGAGGAAGAAGAAGAAGGUGAGCUUGGGCCCCGUCUCAUAUGUCCUGGUGGAUUCCGAAGGUACCACAAGAAAGAAGCUGAGGAUCGCAAAGAGAGGCUCGGCCUCCAGGAGGCCAGGGGCCGCUCACAGGGCCCCCCGAGGCCAGCAGCCCACCGAAGCGCCAGCCUCGACGUCCAGGGGUCUGAAGGCCAAGCCAAGAGGCCCUCCUUGCACCUCCAAAGGCUCCCAAAAGCUCUGAUUUGGGAACCCCCCCAUCGCCGAAGAGCUGUGAGAGAGAAGGCCAAGGAGCAAGUCCCAAGAGGAAGCAAACUUCUCUCAUCUUUUAACUGCAGCAAGGUUUUGGACUCCCAGGGCCCCGGUUUGUGGAUAUGGCUGGGGGAGGGAGGGAGGAAUUGGGGGAGGGAGGUGUUUCUUGCCUUUUUUUCUCUCUGGGGCUGCUUCUCACCUUUCUUUGCUCACCUUCAGAGCCCAGGAGAGUUGGUAAGUGGCUUGAGAAAAUUCUAGAACAUUCCUUUCCCUUUAUGCAUGCAUGAGCACAGUCCUCAUUCUGCUUCUUCAUGCUCAGACUUUCUCCUCCACUUCCUACAGCUUCUGUGGGGCCAGGGUGGGGGAAGGAGGGGUCAGCUGAUUUGCAGGGCCUGGCAUUUUGAAGGUUGGGGUAACUAUUUUCUCCUUUAAAUUUCCCUGUUCUCAACCUAGGGGAUAAGUUAGGCCAGGACCCUUGGCCCUGCCCUGCUGCCUGCCCAGCCCAUGGGCUUCAGUUUCCAGCUUCCAUGCCCCAGCUACGGAAUCCAGAAAGGGGGGUAGGGUAGGCCCCAAGAAUGAAUUCUAUGAAACGAGGAAUGUCUGCUUACCCUUCAAGUAUUCAAGUUUCAGAAUCAGUCAUUAAAAAUAGCACUUUUAGCUGGUAUGGUAGCAAACACCUGUAAUCCCAGCACUUGGGAAGCUGGGGCAGGACAGAGUUGGAGGCUAGCUUGUGCUACAGAGUGAGGUUCCCAUAUUGGGGGAGAGGGGGAGCUGCGGUACAUGGGGAGAUGGGCAAGAUGAUCACAUUCUUGGACUCUCAGUUCUAAUUGCAUCCUAUGCCACCAAACUCACCUUCUUGUUGUUUCUGUAUAUAAUUAACAAUUCCUGGUGACUCUGAGGAAGGAGAGGAAGACAGGAAGGCAUUCGGUUUUAUCCUGUGCAUGUCCCCCAUCGACCCUGGACCUCUCCGCACCUACCCAUCCAGGUCCCACCCAGACUCUUCAACUGUGCUGAGCUCAAGUCCUGGAUUAAGCCCAGUGCACAAUAAGCUCUCCCCGGAGUUUUAGCCCUCGUGAUGUUCCAAUGUCUCUUUCCUGGUACAAAAUGUGAACCCGCGUUAGGUGUCCUUCGUGCUUUCCACUUCUGGAUUCUUUGUGACUGUGAUGAGUUAGUUCAGCAAAUCUUGGGUGAGCCCUGAUGCCACAGUCUGGGAAACAAACCCCUGGAUGGGAUUGGGCUCUAGAGGUGGCAAAAGCCUGGGACAGUCCAGCUGUGAAUCCUUGUCCACUCCACCACGCUUUCUUGUGUUCCCAGAUACUCACCAUGGUUACUUCAUGUAUAUGUAUACGUAUAAAAUAAAGUUCAGCAAAGGAA